AUUUGUGUUGCAGCUGUAGGCUCCGAAAUGUCUGGACGUGGCAAGCAAGGUGGUAAGGCUCGUGCUAAAGCUAAGACCCGUUCCUCGCGGGCUGGGCUUCAGUUCCCCGUAGGCCGCGUACACCGCUUGCUCCGCAAAGGCAACUAUGCCGAGCGGGUAGGUGCUGGGGCCCCGGUGUACCUGGCGGCGGUGCUGGAGUAUCUGACGGCCGAGAUCCUAGAGCUGGCGGGCAAUGCGGCCCGGGACAACAAGAAAACGCGAAUCAUCCCGCGUCACUUGCAGCUGGCUAUCCGCAACGAUGAAGAACUCAACAAGCUGCUGGGUAAGGUCACCAUUGCUCAGGGUGGUGUCUUGCCUAACAUCCAGGCCGUGCUACUACCUAAGAAAACUGAGAGUCACCACAAGGCCAAAUAAAGAGGUUAGGAAAGGUGAAGAAAACAACGGCUCUUUUCAGAGCCAACCUA